CUCUCCCUCUCUCUCCCUCUCUCUCUCUCUCUCUCUGAUUUUCCUUCUCUCCGCUGUCUCUCACGUUACCGAGCUCACCAUAACGGUAAACUCUAAAAAACCUUUGACGCACGCUUCUCCCUCCAUUGUCAUGUUCCAGUGAAGCAGAAGCUUCAUGGCUGUUAUGGAAUGAUAACUGUUUGAGAGUCCGAUACGGCAGGACCCCAAAGACCUCCUUCAACGGGUAAGACUCGUGUAGAACAGAAAGUAGUCAUGCCCAUGGCGUCCUCCACUGCGUCAUUACUAUUGUACCUACGAUGUCGUUGAAACAUGGGCUGACUGAUCAGAGAACUGAACUACAUGCACUCAAUUAUUCCAGUCAGUUGAUAAGCACACUGCUUAAUACACUUCUAUGACACAAACAGAGCAAAUAGUUCCUGCUUCUCAUCGUUUCAGUUUGGUAUAGGGUUUGACUUGUUUGACUUCAUUUCCUUCCUCUUCUCGAGCUUCAAAACACUAGUCACACUUUCUUCUCGCUUUCUUUUCGUUUGGAAGAUAAGAAAUAGACGGCCGAUUCUCCAUAAGGUGGAUCUGGUUAGCCAUGAGUGUGUGACGCUUAGCCGGAAUUCUCAUUACGAAUCCAAAAUCGUUGAUAGUGAGAGCAUCAAGUUGAACUUCUAGAAAGGCGAUUUCAUGCACUUAUCUUGUAGACGUAGAUUCAAAGUCGUAUAUCUUUAUGGAACUGCAUCAUGGAAAUCUAGUCACUCCUAACGACGGUUCUUGAGGCCGUCAUUACUGAAGUCUCAGCGUGUGCGAAUCCUGGACUGUAGUCUUCAUGCGUUGACAUGAUUCUGCCAUGAGGCGACUGAACCAAACUUUACCACACCUUAAUAAUAGAGACAAAGUUAUGUCCGAGGUUACGUAGUGAGGUUACCAAUGCUUCAUUAUUCUUCCCGUUGUCAUCUAUCUAAACCAGUUGCAGCUCGAAAAUCACUAUAAUUGCAACACGUAAUGCUUGCUACGGUACAUGGGCAAGUUUGCUCCCAUACCUCUUUAUGAGUGUCCAGCGUGUUGAUCGCUCCUCAAAAUCAUGUCUAGUAGCAAGGUCUACGCUAACGAAGUGGAUGUGAAUCAUCCUAAAAUUCAAACUCGAAACCCCAACGCCACCGGAGAUUAAGGGGGGAGAAUAAUUAUACAUUGUACGCACGAAGGGACAUGGAUGGGAAACACUAUGACCAAAUAAUCCCUCCUUUAACAUGUCAUCCAUUAUUCUCUGCUCUGAGCAUAAUUUGUCAGCUUUAGGUGUGAAUGGAGUCACGACGUUUGUUUCAAACAAAACUUGCAGUUCCGUCAAGUUUGGGACAUGGGGUUGGUUGUAUGUGGACUUGCGUGAGUAGUCGAGACCUUGAAGGCUUACCUCGUAGUUGAGUUCCACAGGAAUAGAGUGAAUAACUUCCUCUGUUUCAUCGUGUAACUUUGGGCAUCUCAUAGCUACGAUUUUUUGAUCUGCUGUAGUUAUGGUCAUUUCUUUUGAAUACAUCUACGAGUUGACCAAACAUAUGAAACAUUCUGUCCUUAGAUAGGUAGCGUGUGUUGACGAUGUCCAAACACCCACCUACCUGCAUCUAAGUCAUCCUCGAUAAGUGGUCUGUCCAUGCAGUCCUCUGGGAACACCAACAUUCUGGGCAGACGCUCCACAUCUGUGCACACGAGGAAACAUCGUCCAGACUCAGAACAUGGGAUAGUAUUUUUCCAGGUUUCCGAGGCUCCACGUUGAAAAAGUUGCAGUAGCUUUCCAUCUAAAGUUCUCACGGCAGCAAGAUAACCUUUCCUCCGUAACACACCCUCGAUUUUUUCAAACUCCAGACUGCGCAUGCAACAAUGAUGCAAGGUAGGUGGUAAGUGAUCCGAAAAAUUGAAUAUCAGACAAUUGGAUAAAAGAGAUCCUAUGCAGCUCGAUGUUUACUCGUUCGUGUUAUCAUAACGUCUUGUUCUGAAAAGAUCCAGUGCGAUGGAGAGGUGCUCGGCGAAUCACGAGUUGCUACAGCUAAAACUGCAACGGAAAUUUCAAGGAUCAGAGCAUUCUCUCAAACGCCGCUCUUUCUGGCAUUGGCUUCCAAACCAUCAAUCUCCAGGAGAUGUGGCCACCUUCAAAAGAGUGAGACACUUCGACACAUACGCUGCUUGCAGAUGUGACAAAAUCCAACUGAAGCUUGCUGCACGUUCAUAUCUUGAUCUUAAUCGUUCUUCUCCACUUAUUGGCGUGGAACAACGUGCUCAGAAGUAGCCAUGGUUUCCACCACAAAAAUUGGAGAAUAUCUCAAACCCAGUGAAGAAACUUCGCGCAUGAUCAACCUUGGAACUCACUAAGAAUAAAGUACAAUAAAUUUUCUAGUUUCAAAGGUGUGAAAUGAAGACCCGAACACCACUUAAACGUGUGUCAGUCAUUUUGUUCGUAGAAAACCAAAUAUUUAUUAUUAAUAAUGCAAUUUUCCUUCAUGCACCAUGCCAUAUAGUGUCAGUAACACUUUGGAUCUAGUAAACUUCCUAACGCUUUUGAAUAUAAGAGUUGGGAUAAUUAGCAUUUUCACAUAUAAC